AUGGGGAGAAAAAGCAAAUAUCGAUUUGAAACAUACGAGAGUGCAAAGAAUUCUUCGGGAGGAUGCAUCGCUGGAGAAGAAAGAAAGCUUUUUCACUCACACAGUCGUCGAGAGAUAGCAACCACGGUGUUCCUUUACUCACGGCCGAUCCUACAGUCAACCUCUGAGUAUCCACCUGCACGGACGGAGGUGCUCGACCUCACGGUGAUAUCCGAUUGUUUUAUAGUUGGUAAAAAAAUUAUUUAUGACAAUGUUAUAUUUAACGGAACAAAAGCUAAUUUAACAAAAUAA